CAACGCUUUAAAGCAGAGUCGCGCCACUGUCCUCUACUCACCGUCGUGUUCUGGUCACCUGCAGCCUGAAAAAUAGUCAAAGUAUCGACAAACGAUGGAUAUUCUUACUGUGUUGCCGUCCAGCUUUGGAUAUGUCAUAUUCACUUACCUGUACAGCUGGGUUAUGCUGAGCUACCUCGGAAUCCAGGUUGGGGUUGCCAGAAAGAAGUACAGUGUUAAGUAUCCCGCCAUGUACAGUGACAAAGAUAUGGUAUUCAACUGCAUCCAAAGAGCACAUCAGAACACCCUGGAGGUGUACCCUCAGUGGCUUGUUUUCCAGACCAUUGCAGCUCUUGUCUAUCCAGCAACAACAUCCGUGCUGGGGAUUAUUUGGGUGACCAGCAGGUUCUCCUAUGCCUGGGGCUACUACACCGGAGAUCCAGAAAAGAGGAUGAGGGGUGUGUACGGCUACAUCGGAUACUUGGGAGUCAUCAUUCUUUCCAUAUGUGUAGCCUUGCAGUUGCUUGGAGUUUUUUAAGAUGAUCCCCAUCUUGUAUUUGCCCAUCUGGCUGAAAACUUCACUCAUUUAUACUGACUGUAAAGUAGAUGGGCAACUUGUUUAACUAAUAAUUUCACACUGUGAUGCUUUAGAUAAUAUUUUACGGACCAUUAACUUCAUAGUUGCUGCCUUUUUUUACAUAUUGAUUGUGAACAUGUAUUCAAUGUAAUUAACAACAAUAAAAUAUAUGUUGACUGAUGCUACAGCCCAAAUGUAGCCUCUAUAGUAGUUGUUUCAUACAAGUGAUGGUGAGAUAAAAACUCAAGAGACUUCAGAUGAGGUAAACAUGAGAAAUAAUCAUAUUUAGGCUUGACAAAGUUAUGCUUAUUUUUUAUUUUAGCAUUUUUAUUCUUGAGGAUUUCUGUAUGUUUUUCUUAUUCAGGUCUUUAAUACUAUGCAAAUAAAACAGUGGAAAAUAAAUCUGUCUUUGGUUGAAUAGGUCCCAACUGGUUA